UAUAAAAUAGCCCACCCUCUCAAUAUACACACAUAGAUAUAUCACCAUCUGCAUCAACUGUGUACUCAAACCUUGCUCAUUUAUGUCAGACAAGAAUCUGUUCAAAAAGCCUACCAAAAUACGGAGAGCGUUAAAAGGCACCAAAGCACCACGGCCAUCUCCCUCCAGGCCGGCCGGUGGGUUCAAGUCAUCACAAAAGUUCAAGCUUGUGCAGAGAAGCAACUCCGAGCCAUGGCUCUGGAAGCCCGGUUGCGAUGUGAUGAUGGCGGCUGAUGAUGAUGACGACGACGACGACGUUGGAGUCCUUUACCGCCCGAGUACAUGUACCAAUAUUUUUUCCACCCCGGAAAAUUUACUGCCCGGAAACUCUUCUGAGAGGUACAACAUGGAUACGAAGGUGGUGAUCAAUGUAACCGUGGAAGGAAGCCCUGGACCAAUCAGAACGAUGGUUAAAUUAGGAUCAAACGUUGAGGAUAUAAUGAAGCUUGUAAUGAACAAGUAUAAUGAAGAAGGAAGAACCCCUCAAAUGGAUAAAAAAUCAUAUUCAGCCUAUGAACUUCACUACUCUUAUUUCAGUCUUCAAGGGUUGAGCAAGUCGGAUUUGAUCGGUGAUGUUGGGAGCCGAAGCUUCUAUCUUCACAGGCGUAGCAGCGCUGAUGUAACUUCCAAUCAGCUGGAGGCGUUGCCGCUUCCUUUCCUUCCAACAUUCCUCAAUCGAAAGAUUACAAAGCUCAUGCGAAAAACACGAAAACUCUGCAUAAUCUUAGGUUGCUUCCCCUCAGCCUGAUAUUAUGUACUCCUCAUCCUAUAUACUAUCAUUAUAGGAGUAUUAUGUAAUCCAUUUCUGUUUAGACUAAAUUCAGAGUGUGUAUUCAAACAAAAGGACAAAUGGUGUUAGAGUGGGUGAACAAUUGCAAUAAACGAAUUGCAAUGAAGA